AUGAGGAAAUAUACGAAUUUGAUAAAUCGGAAUUCAAGUUUAAAUUGGCAAGAAACAAUGGAACAGAAUUAUGACCAAAAGAUUCAAAUUAAGGCUCUACUAUUCUUUAAACAUAAUAGUAAAGUCUACUUUCUUCUUGUCUAUUAUCGGAACUUGAGAACUUCAAAGUACUGGACGCAGUUAUACUACUUUAUGAGAUGUGCAAAUGAACUAGAAUUAACAAGUGAACGAAGUUACAAAGACUUUAAAACUAAUACCGAAAGCUUAAGCGAAUUUAUAAAAGAAUAUGCGGGACUUCUCGUUGAAAUUAUAGAAAUAUGUGCGUUGACGAUCCCAUUAUCGUCAUUAAAUGGGCCAACCCAUUUCCGCGUAACGGCAGAACUCAGACGAAGAAGUGGAUGUCAACUAACUAGCUGUUUAAACGGCUUUCCAGCUUGGUCGUACCAUGAUCGAGUUAACCAAAAUGUCCCAGAUAUCGGACUGUUAUAG